AUGAGGGUAAUGAGGGUCGAAUUCAAAAAUUCGCAACUCGUUCUUAUUCAAUCACUUGUCAAAUUUUUUACCAAGAUACCGGUAACUUACACCGGCGUUCGCGCAUUUCUUUAUACCAGUGAUAUUACCGAGAAUUUCCAUAUUGGACUGGCGUUGUUACGUGCAGCUAUUACGCAGUUAACGAGACAUGGACCAGGAAAGCAGUUCUGGUGUGUCCAUGUGGCCUUCACUGAUAUGGAGCCAACUAGACAAGAAAGGCGGUGGUCAUCAAAUCAGGAUCAUUACAAAUACGAUGGAUCACCUGAAACGCCUGAAAGAUGCCGCAACUUGAAAGAAAAUCAAGUCACUGUACUAUGUGGUGAAUGAAAUCAAGUCACAGUAGUGUGUGGCGAAUGUUACACACUUAGAAGUUCGAGCUCUUAUCAAGAGAUGGCGUUACGUGUCUAAGGGGUAAAACCUGGGGGCUUAGGUUCGUUAUAUCGGACGUCACUGGUCUGGGAUAGUCCUUGCUGAACUAAGG